AGAAUGACAUCAUCAGCGCCGAUACGCAUGUAAUCAACAACCUUGAGUACUUACCUUAUAAGGUUAUUAGUGGCAGGAGAUGAGUCUUGUCUACGUCCCAGCUAGAUUUGAGAGCAUAGUCCUCUCAAGCAAUACUUUCAAACUAUUUUGGGCCGUUAUACAAUCAAGAGGAAUCCGGUUGAUGCGCUCACCUCGUUAUGGCAGUCAUACUCAUUGUAGGAGCUACUCGUGGCUUGGGUGCCAGCAUCACCAAGAAGUACGCCGAAAAGAGCGAAAACACCGUCUACGGUACGACCAGAUCAUCCGAGGGUCCGAAAGAUUCACCCUCAGGAGUCAAAUGGCUUUCUGAUAUCGACCUCAUGCAAUCUGACGCUGGUCAGAAGCUGGCCAGUCUGCUAGACCCAGCUCAGCCACUCGACUCGGUGAUUAUCACAGCCGGUUACUUUGCUACAGAAGACCUUACCUGGGACAAAGGUCCAAAAUGGGAGGAAGAGCAGCGGAUGUAUACGACCAGCUCCAUUGCCCCCGUCUUUAUCGUCCACCAGCUCAUCCACAAAGGUCUCUUGCGCAAGGGUUCCAAAGUGGUGCUUGUAUCUUCCGAGUCUGGCAGUAUCACUCUGCGACAUCCAAAGGAAGGGGGUGGCAACUACGCUCAUCACGCCAGCAAGGCGGCUCUCAACAUGGUUGGCAAGCUGCUUAGCUUGGAUCUUAAGGACCAGGGCGUCAUUGUCAGCAUCGUGCACCCAGGCUUUAUGCGAACUGAAAUGACAAAAGGCGUAGGGUUUGACAAGUUCUGGGAUGAAGGUGGAGCUGUGACACCAGACAAGGCGGCGGCGAGCCUCAUCAACUGGAUCGACAAUCUUGAUAUUAGCAAAACAGGAGAAUACUGGGCACCACGAGGACCGCGGGAUAUUGGGACUGCUGAGGUUGUCCUGGGUGAAGACUUAGCUACACCACUGCAUCUACCCUGGUAAAGCAAACGGUAACGGCUCCAGUCUAUCAACAUCGCUUUAACGACAACGGCUGGACUGAAGCUGUUGCUGGUAGGAGGCUAGGAGCCGUCGACAAAUGAGUGGAUAUUACUGACCGGAAAUUACUGCAAUUUCACCUAUCGGCAACGCGCUUCGAAGCAACGUACCCCGUACAAUUCUUCCUUCUAGACGAGGCAAGCCUAGGCAAGCUAUCGUCUUUGCCUAUUGCGGGUGACGAAAUUGAAGAGUGUGGGGUUGGGGGAAUCAGGGUCCUUACGUAGCAAUGGACUAGCAAAGUCACGAUACUGCAUCAGGUCUGGCUGCAAUAAUUAACCUAGCUUGGCAGAUCAUUAAUUAUGAACUUAUGAUCAUCA